AUGCAAUUUUCUUCAUCUGAGUGCAUCACCUGGUUUGCUGUAUUGAUUACCGUGGCUGCUGCUAUAGUAACAGUGAACCUUAUAUCAAUCGUCCUUUUUUUAAAAAACCGCAGUCUUCGCACUCGUGCCAUGUACCUAGUUAUAAACCUGACCGUAGCUGAUAUGUUUGUCGGAGGAUUUUCUCACUUUCUUCUAUUUCAACACCUCUCAGACACAUGCGACAUUACGAAAAUGAACUUAAGCCUGGAAUUGAUUGUGAUAAUUACCUUUCUCCACCUCUGGUUUCCUCUGACCUCUCUAACAAACAUUGCAGCGAUUUCAUUAGAUCGGAUGCAUGCAACAAUUCGUCCCUUCAGGCAUCGCCUCAUCAAAAAGUGGGUCUACUGGGUAACAAUUGCUGGUGUCUGGGUUUUAGCUGCAAUGGUAUCAACUGCCGCUUCAAUACUUAGACAAUAUGGGGAAGAAUGGUCACAUCAUCUUUACUUAGUGCAUUCAUACUGUUUUUUGUUUCUAUUUGUUAUCUUUGUUUCUUACUCUUCCAUUGUUGUUAAAUUUUUGUGUGGAGCGCAUCCCCAGCACCAUGGUGCAGCCAACAGAAAAAGGAAACUGACCGUAACAUUAUUCAUAAUGACUAUCGUAUCCUUACUGAUGUGGCUACCAUUUACGGUUUAUUGUUUUCAUUUAUCUCAAUCUAGUAUUAGGAAAUUCCUUUCUUUCCAGGAAUUAAAACGUUUGGACUGUUUUUUAACCAUUCUUUUUUAUAUGAACUCGCUUGUUAAUCCCAUCGUUUACACAAUCAGAAUUCCAGAGUUUAGGAAAGCUCUCCUGCUGUUAUUUAAACGUCAACGAAGACAAAAUGCCCAAGAUAUUCCUCUUCAUGCGCUUUAA